GCCCUGUUUUACCCGGGCAUUUAGACAUACGUGUUGCUCUAAAUAGGAAUAACUUGUUCUUUAUUUGUGGAAGUUGUCAGUCUUCUUUAAAUGAAUCAUGUCAACAAGACUUUUAGUGUUUUAGUAGUUUUUAAUGAAUUCUUACGUGCAAACGUGACCUUAAUUUGUUCGUCCUUAUAGGGUAGCGUGCAAGAACAUGCAUUUUGACAGUCCACUCACUUGGGAAGUAGUGUAAGAAAUAUUUAAAUUCAAUCGUACCUAAGCGUUUUGGAAAUGAUUUAGUGCACAUACGGUCUAACUCUUAAUUGUGAAUAUAUGUGCGUUCAGCUAGAAAUAAGCUUUAUAGAAAAAUGAACAUUGUUUCAUGAUUUAAAAACAAACAUGUUUCUUUCACUUUAAUGUUCGUUCGUUGAACAAUAAACGUGUUUUUUUCUGAAAGGCUACUGGGUUUAAUGAAUUAGACGCCGACAUCAUAGAGUCAUUAGACGCCGACAUCAUAGAGUCAUUUGACGCCGACAUCAUAGAGUCAUUAGACUUGCAUCGUUUUCUAACACAAUCGCAGCUUAAACUGAACAUAAACUAACUCAGCUAAAGAUACGAUCUGUUUACAAAAACAAACGAUAACCCAUUGAUUCGCACGUAAACGAAUCGGAAUUUACGCGCCACGUCAUUGGUAACGUCAUAGAGCCGACGAAAAAUGGCGUUCUGCGGGACCGCUUCCCUCUGGGCUAAGUUGGCUUUCCUAGCGAUCGUGAUCGGUCUGAUCCUGUUCAUCGUGGGGUUUGCCACGCCCUCCUGGAUGGUGUAUCAGGUCACGACGACCAGCAUCCGGGUCGGACUGUUCCAAAUGAAGACGUGCACCGCUAACGCAUGCGCAGAGGAGGGCGUUAACUCGGCUCUCAAAAACGAUGAUUUCACAGUGACGCAGGCGUUCGAGAUUCUGACGUUCAUUAUGCUACUGUUCGCCACUAUUGCCAUCUCCGUGUACGUGUUCGCUCCUGGAUCCCGCUCCAAGUGCCUUGCUAUAACCUGCGUGGCGUUUGCCUUCACUGCGUCAUUCCUGGGAUUCGUGGGUAUGAUCUGCUGGUUGGUGUACGUGCCGAGUCCCUACAAGACCUCCUGGUCCAUGGGCCUCACCGUGCUGGCCGCCAUACUCGCCUGCAUCGCCGGCCUCCUCAUCAUUCCGGAUAUCCUGGACAGCCGCUUCAACCCGAGGACGUCGCGGCAGAUUUCACCGAACAGGAGAUUCAUGCGAUGAUUUUGGAUACUGUAGACUUUUGGAAUCCCUUAACCCAUUUAUGCCUAGUGGACUCUCCCAUCCUUCUAAAUUGGAUCAAUUUAUUUACAAAAAUAGGGAUGUCUAGUAUAUGUUUUUCUAUAUUUAGAAUAUUUCUUACAGAAAUACCUUUAAGCAAACAGCGCAGACCCUGAUGAGACGCCUCAUCAUGCGGCGUCUCAUCUGGGUCUACGCUGUUUGCCAAGGCCUUUUCCUAGACGCUAGACAUAAAUGGGUUAAAUGUCUCCAUACUUUGUUUGAAUGACGGGUGUUUCUUGAAAUGUUCAAUCGUUUACUAUUGUGUUUAUUAUAAAGCCAAUUUUAAAUACGGUACUAGUACAUGUAUUGGAUUGUGUACAGUGACAGUUUUAUGGUGAACCGUCUCAUGUGAUGGAAAUAGCAAAUAACUGCUCUCUCUCUGUGUAUGUAAGCGCGUUUUGUUUGUUUGUAAUUGUUUGUAAGUUUGUUCGUUUUUGAGAAAAUGAACUUCCGCUUAACAUUAAAAAUUAGCACAUGGCGCACAAAUGAAAUACAACUGCGUUCAACAAGUAACUUGUGACUAGUCGAGCAAAUGCCCAAGCUGGUAUGGAGCUACGCUGGCCACAUAUUGAAUAAUACCAGAUGUCUGGAGCUACGCUGGCCACACAUUGAAUAAUACCAGAUGUUUGAAUGACGAUGACGAAACUCAAUAUAUUACUUUGAAAAAUGUUUACUUUAUUCGAUUUGAAUGUAAACAGGAAAUUAUUAUUUAUAAUAAUCGAUUGAAAAUCAACCCGUCAGUAAUGGUAUAAUCAUCUUAAAAUAUUAUCAUAUUCUUAAAAAUUGCGUGGCAGCUAAAGCGUUGUU